AUGUCAAGCAAACGCAUCUCCAAGGAGCUCGGCGACUGCAUGACGAACCCGCCCGAUGGCAUCUUGGUGGCCCUGAAGGACGAGUCGGACAUUCACAACUGGAACGUCACCAUGGCGGGCCCCAGCUCGAGCCCCUACGCCGGCGGUCACUUUGCCCUGGCCGUCAGCCUCCCCACCGACUACCCCUUCAAGUCGCCCACUGUCCGCUUCCUCACACGCAUCUACCACCCCAACGUGACCAACGAUGCAGAUGGCAGCAUUUGUCUGGCGACGCUCAAGUCGGAGAAUUGGAAACCCUCGACAAAGAUCACUGCCGUGCUCGAGGCUGUUCGUCAGUUGCUCAUUGAGCCCCAGCCGGACGACCCUCUCGAAGCGCGCAUCGCCGACGAGUACCGCAACAAUAGGGAAGAGUACGAGAAGAAUGCCAAGACGUAUGUGACUCGGUACGCCAAGGGACCAGUGAGCUUCGACACCGCCCCCGAGUCAAAGUGA